GCCGGCAGUCGGAGGCAGAAGUGACCUCGGCGACAGAGGGGCAAUGGUCGAGUAUACGCGAGUGCGGGACUACGUGGCGCGGAUCCGCCUGCGAAACCCGCCGGUCAACGCCAUCAGUAAGGCCGUAAUCUAUGGAAUAAAGGAGGGCCUGCAGAAAGCUGUCGGAGACCACAGGGUAAAAGCCAUUGUGAUUUGUGGAGCAGAUGGCCAUUUCUCUGCAGGUGCUGAUAUCUCUAGCUUCAGCGCCCCAAGGUCCUCUGACUUGUCACUGGGACCCUUAGUAGAUGAUAUCCAAAGAAGUGAGAAGCCCGUGGUGGCGGCUAUCCAAGGCGUGGCUUUAGGAGGUGGACUAGAGGUGGCCCUUGGCUGUCACUACAGGAUUGCCCACACAGAGGCUCACAUUGGCUUACCAGAAGUUACACUAGGCAUUCUUCCUGCUGCAAGAGGAACCCAGCUUCUCCCCAGGCUCAUUGGAGUCCCUGCUGCACUUGACUUAAUUACCUCAGGAAGGCACGUUCCAGCCUAUGAAGCACUCAAGCUGGGCAUUGUAGAUGAAGUUGUAAACUCAGACCCUGUUGAAGAAGCAAUCAAACUAGCCCAGAGAGUUUUAGAUCAACCUCUAGAAUCCCGUAGACUCUGCAACAAGCCAGUUCAGAGCUUGCCCAACAUGGAUGCCAUUUUCAAUGAAGCCCUUCUGAAGAUGCGGAAGCAGUACCCUGGGUGCCUUUCUCGAGAGACUUGUGUUCUUGGGGUUCAGGCUGCUGUGUGUUAUCCUUACGAGGUGGGCAUAAAGAAGGAGGAGGAACUGUUUAUGUACCUUCGGGAAUCAGGGCAAGCUAGAGCCCUGCAAUACGCUUUCUUCGCUGAGAAGGUGGCAAAUAAGUGGUCCAUUCCCUCUGGAGCAUCCUGGAAAACAGCAUCAGCAAGGCCUAUCUCCUCAGUUGGCGUUCUUGGCCUGGGAACAAUGGGUAAAGGCAUCGUCAUUUCUCUUGCAAGGGCCAGGAUCCCUGUGAUUGGUGUGGAAUCAGACAAGCAGCAGCUGGAAACUGCAAACAAGGUCAUAAACUCCUUCUUGGAAAAGGAAGCAUCCAAAAUGCAACAGGAUGGCCACCCCUGGUCAAUACCAAAACCCAGGCUAACUACGUCUAUGAAGGAGCUUGGUGGGGUAGAUCUAGUCAUUGAAGCAGUAUUUGAGGAAAUGAGCCUGAAGAAGAAGGUCUUUGCCGAACUGUCAGCCAUAUGCAAGCCAGAAACUUUUUUGUGUACCAAUACGUCAGCCCUGGACAUUGAUAAGAUUGCUUCUGCCGCUGACCGUCCUCACUUGGUCAUUGGCGCCCACUUCUUCUCACCAGCACAGGUCAUGACGUUGUUAGAGGUUAUUCCCGGCAAGUACACCUCUCCUACUACCGUUGCCACUGUUAUGAGCUUAGCAAAAAAGAUGAAGAAGAUUGGAGUAGUUGUUGGGAACUGUUUUGCAUUCGUUGGGAAUCGAAUGUUGGCUCCUUAUUACAAUCAGUCAUAUUUCUUGUUAGAGGAAGGCAGUAAGCCAGAGGAGGUAGAUCGGGUGCUGGAAGAGUUUGGCUUUAAAAUGGGGCCCUUUAGAACGUCCGAUCUUUCUGGGUUGGAUGUGGGUUGGAGAUCUCGGAAGGAGCAAGGUCUUACUGGACCUGAAUUGCCUCCGAGAACUCCUGCCCGAAAACGAGGUGAUGUAAGAUAUUGCCCAAUUCCUGAUAUGCUCUGUGAGCUAGGACGAUUUGGCCAAAAGACAGGUAAGGGUUGGUACCAAUAUGACAAGCCAUUGGGUAGGAUUUACAAACCCGAUCCCUGGCUUGCCAAUUUUCUGUCUCAGUAUAGAGAAACCCAGCACAUUGAACCGCGUACCAUCAGCCAGGAGGAGAUCCUUGAGCGCUGUUUGUAUUCACUUAUCAAUGAAGGAUUCCGUAUCUUGGGAGAGGGGAUAGCUGCUCGCCCAGAGCACAUUGAUGUUAUCUACUUACAUGGGUAUGCCUGGCCAAGGCACACAGGCGGUCCCAUGUUCUACGCGUCCACUGUUGGGUUGCCCAUAGUGCUGGAGAAGUUGCAGAAGUAUUCCCAGCAGAACCCUGAUAUUCCCCAGCUGGAGCCUAGUGACUAUCUAAAAAAACUGGCUUCCUUGGGAAACCCUCCUGUGAAAGAAUGGCAAAGCUUGCUGGGGCCCCCUCACAGUAAAUUGUGAUUCAGCCUUCCAGGUUAUGCUGUGCACGCUGGUAUCAGGCGAUGCACACGGAAAUUCGAAGAUACAGAGUAAGAUUGUUCUGGCCUAAAAAGCAAAAGAAACAAUAUUCGAUCAGCUAAAUCUCCUUUUUGGGUCUUCUGUCUGAUGAUUCUCAGGGGGCAAAUCUUUAGGAACGUGUUACCUGUGCCUCUGAAUCUGCACUGAUCAGAUAAAUCAUUUCCAUCCCAAUGACUAAGGAGAGAGCCUUGUGAAUAAGCUGAGGUUCCCAAGGGCUUUGAUCAUUGGAGAAAUAUGUCACCAAUCAAUAAAUGAUAAAUGCAGCUGAGCCAUGAAUUCAUUUUGACCCUUUCCAACCUCUCAGGCACAGCACCGAUGGGAAAUCUUAUGGAUCAUUUAUUCCACAAACAUUCAUUUAGUGCCUCCUGAACGUCUUGCACUAUCUGAUAGCACUUGGCAGACCUAGAGUUCAGAAAAGCAUGGAGCCAGCAUGGAAGCCUGUGAUGAAAUAUAGUCCAUAGUCUUGGAAGUGGGGUGGAGAUGGCUGGCAAAGACAGUGGUGAGGGUCUCUGAGAGUGAGCAUGGAAAGCUUCCCAAGGAGAGACAGAGGUAGUAAUCAGAAAAAAAGACAGAGUGUAAAAGGCAGAACAGUACUGAAAUUAUGGGCAAAAAAGAGUUGGGAGCUGGUGAGAGACCAAGCAUGGCAGACCAGAGUGCAGAACUUGGGGUAGCGUGGCAAGUCACAUUCAGUGCAUCACUUCUGCCCAAGGCCAAGUUACAUGAGCACAGUUGUACUUGCUGCCUGCACAUGGAAGGGACUCAGUAAUGUUUGUUGGUAAUUUCCCCCAGACCAGGGGAUAUCCACAGCCUUGUCUUUAUUCUAUCUAAGGAGAAAAACCAAAACCAAACCUAUUGCCAUAGAGUUGAUUCUGACUCAUAGCGACCCUAAAGGACAGAGUAGAACCGCCCCAUAGGGUUUCCGAGGAGUGCCUGGUAGAUUCGAACUGCUGACCUUUUGGUUAGCAGCCGUAGCUCUUAACCACUAUGCCACCAGGGUUUCCACUUAAGGUGAAGUAA